AUGUGUGAGUAUAUUUGAAGUCAUAUUAUUAGUCAUUAUUUAACUACCCAGUUCACGUAUUCAGUGUUGUGUAUAUGCUUGUAGCUAACAUUCUAUACACUCCGUUAAAACAAAAUUCUUUCGAAUCGUCGGCUGUUCCAAAACCGCAAAGUCCGUUGACUGUGAAUCAAUUAGCACGUCAGUUAUUGCCAUUGAAAGUAACAAAUAAAGAAAUAGAUGCUGGUCUCAAAAAAGUAAGUGAAAGUCAAUACAACUAUAAUUCAAUUAAUGAUGAACUAUUAAUUCCGAUUUACUAAAGGUAUAUUGGUUGGGCAAUUACACACAUAAGAAAAAACAGAAAUCUGUUGAAAAAUGUAAAUCAAAAAACCAAUUGAAAAGAAUAUUAGGAUUGUGUCGCCCACCUAAGGAUGUCUUAACAUAUGCAAAUGCUAUACAACUCAAUAAACUCUGGAUGUCUUAUAUCAAAAAAGUAAUAAAUUUCGAUGAUCUUCGAAAGAGAGGGUAAGAUAUGAGAUAUAGUACAGUAGAAACUUGGUUAACUGUCAGUCAUUUGACCGGGACUAUGGCGGUUAACAAAAAUUAAUAAACUUAUAUAUAUGCAAUAUGCAAUAAACUUAUAUAUUUCACAAUGUGUGUAUUUGCAGACUUUGUAAAAUAAUAAAAUAAUAACAACAAAAAUAAUACCAUACUAAAAAUAUUAAACAAAAUAAUCUGUCAUCUUUUUCUGUUUUUUUUGAGACCUGAGUAUGUUGAGUGGCAAUGUUUCGUAUUUUAUGAAGAAGUAAGAUAGUGAUCAUUGAUAGAUAACAGAGAGUAACGGUUAAUCAAUUUUCUAUUGUACCUAUGUACCUAUGUACUUUAGUUUACAUAUUCUAAUAUUGUAUACUGUUAUUGUUACAAAAUAGUUAAUAAAUUCUAUAAUAAUUAUUUGAUAUUAAAUAAAUAUUUAACUUUUACAUACUCUGGUUUCUAUCAAAUAUAUUUUUUUAUUAAUGUCAGGUCACUUAAACUCGUAUAUAUGUGGCAUGGGUAUGUAUUUGGAUCAUAGACGUAUAUAUCUAGGUGGAAUGUUAACACCGAGAAUUGGGAGGCUUGGUCGGUCCAAAUAAAUCAAGAGGGAUACACUGAUAUAUAGACUAAUGUGAAAUAGAGUAACUUUGUACUUUGAAGACAGCCAAUUAAAACACUCAGUUUAUUAUUUCGUGUGUUUUUGUCUUCGAACGAAACUUCACCCAACAGAACACGUUUUCAUGAUAAAUGUUCCAUCUGGAUGAAUAAGUCUAUAUUUUGAACAGACGUGCCAUGGUCAAUAUGUAUUUCAUAUAGAAUUAUAAACUCCCAGUUUAUUUUAACAAAUAUCAUAAGUUUAGAUUUAAUUCAUUCAAAAUAAUACAAAAUAAAGCAAUAUAAAUUAUUUUAAAAAAUGAUCAUUUAUAUCACACAGAAUAUCUAUACAAAGAAUUAAAUGUUUCAUCAAUAACAAAAAAAAAUUGUAAAAUAAUAAUGUAAAAACAAAAUUAUUAAAAUGAUAAAUACUUGUGAAUAAAUAAAGUAAAUAAAUAUAUAAAUAAAAAAUGUAUAUAUGAAAAUAAAAUAAAUAAACAAAUGAAUGUGUCGCUUGGAGUAUUAUGAUAAGUGUAUUAUACCACUGGUUUCGAAUUAAAAACUCAUCAUCAGGUAUAUCACAGUCAAAAUGUAAAACGCGACUGAAUAUAAACAAUUUAAUGAAGGAAUACAUAGAAAAAAAAUUUACAAAUUGUUUGUUUUACAUAGAAUGAAGAAAUAAUUUAUUUGAAUGGGAUAGAUUAUUUAAAAUUGAUUAUCAGACAUAGAUAUAUUAAAAAAUAUAAAUUAUUUGGUUAUUAUUUAUUAUCUAAAAUGUAUUGAAAUAAGAUAUUACUAAAAUUGGUUGGAACAUUUAAAAUAUUAUUAAAAUUAUUUGUCUUUAUUUCAUUAUGUAUAUGUAAUUCUAAAACUGAAUUAGUGUAAAUGUUAUUUUGGGUAUUUAAUAUUUCUAAAUCUGUAUUAAUAUUAAAACUUAUAUUAUGGUUAUUUAGCUAAAUUUAAAUUAGGGGCAGUCUUUUUAAAUUGUAUUACAGAAAUGUGUUCUUUAUAUAUUAUUUUAAAAUUUAUAUUUGUCUUACCCAUAUAAAAUGUAUUACAGUAACAUUUAAAUUUAUACAUACCAUUUACAUUUUAUAUAUACCAGCGUUUUUAAAAGAAGGCGGAUUUUUGUGAAGUUUUCAGUUCUAUUGUUUAUAUAUUUGGUUAAAUUAUUAUUAGUCUUACAAGCAAUUUUUACAUUAUUUGUUCAGAAUUUUAGCAAAUUUGUUAGAAAUAUUAUUUUGAUUUUUCAUUUUAUAGUUAACAUAAUUUGCUGAGUUGUGUAUGAUUUUUCCUUUAAUAUGUUUAUGAUUUUUUUUUUAAUAGUAUUUAAAUUUAAAUUAUUUUUAUGGGCUAUAUAAUAGAUAAUAUUGAGCUCGUGUUGAUAAUUAUGUUUAUUUAAUGGAAUACGUUUAAGCCUAUAGAAUAUUGAAUUAAAAAAUUAUAUUUUUUUGAGAAUAAGGAUGAUUAGAAUCAUGUAGUAUUAUAGAAUUAGUUUGUGUAGGUUUCCUGUAUAUACUAAAACCAAAUUUAUUUUUUUUUAUGGAAACUGUAAAAUCUAAGAAAUUUAAUUUAUUAUUCAUUUGUAUUGUUUUUAUUUAUUUUGUUUCAGUAGUUAAUUUAAUUUUCUGCUUGUCUAUUCGAACUUCUAAAUAAAAUGAACAUGUCAUUAACAUAUCCUUAAUAUGCUUUUAUAUAUGGACUGUAUAUUUUGUUGUUAAUAAUAUUAUUGGUUUCAUAAUUUUUAGAUAAAAGAGCACUUAAAGGACCACCCAUAACUAAUCCAUCUUUUUGCUAUUAUAAUUUAUUAUUAUGUUGAAAAUAGUUUUGAUUAAUAAUUACAUUUAUUGAAUAAUGUGCGGUAUGUUCUUAUUUGAUACAGACUAUAGUAUAUUAAUAUAUAUGCUGUAGGUUAUAUGGAAAAUUAGUCUUUUUGGGAAAAGACUAGACUCUGCAAUGGGGUAGCCCGUUUGCAAAUUACCUACUUAUUUUUUCAAACGGCCGACUGUUUUUCAGGCUCAUUGCAUAUAGACUAACAACAGCAGUUAGGCCUUUUAAGAACUACAAUUAUAGUAUAGUAACAACCAUUUUACUUAUUUUAUUUUAAAAGUAAUUUAUUACUUUUACAAAAAAAAAAUAGAAAUAAUAGAAUUAUUAUAACAUGUAAACUAUAUAGUCUGAAUAAAUAUGUUACUUUAGAUUAUUUUAAAGUUUUUUACUAUUGUAUUACUAGUUCUAUUUUACAAUACUAACAAAAAAGAAAAUAUAUAAAAUAUUUACUGAUUGUUACAUGUGGUUUUGUUCGUGUUACAUUUUUUAUUUAUAUUUAUAAAUUAAAACUGAAUAAAAUAUAUUUAUUCAUAUUUUCUUUUUUAUUAGUAAUAUAAACUAAAACUAGUAAUACAAUAAUCAAAAACUUUAAAAUAAAAUAAACUUCACUUAUACUAGCCAUUGAUACAGUUCAUAAAAUAAAUAGAAUACUAUAUAAUAAUAUAUACUUAUUCAUUUUUCAUUUUAGAAUAAUUCUAUUGAUCUUAUUUUUUUGUAAAAAUAAUAUAUAUUACCCUUAAAAUAAAACAAGUAAAAUGGUUGUUACUAAAUUAUAAUGAUUGUAGUUUUUAAAUAUUUAAUUGCUGUUAGCCUAUAUGCAAUAAGCCUGAAAAACAUUAGGCCAUUAGGAAAAAUAAUGAGUAGUUCACAAACGGGUCACUCCAUUGCAGAGAGCCUAAAUUUAGGCCUCUUUAGCCUUUUCUCAAAAAGGCUAAUUUUCCAUAUGGUCUAUAACAAAUAUUAAAUCAACUUGAAACCAACAAUAUUCUAGGUUUCAAGGUUACAUUAUUUAUUUAUAUUUAUAAAAUAUAUGACUAUAUGUUUAUGCUUAUUAAGAAUGUUCUAAAAUAACUUUAUUGAGUUUUCCUUUAUUAUUUAUUAUUAAUGUAAUUAUUUAUAUAGGUGGAAUGGCACUCCUGGAUGCAAAAACUGGGAAGCAUUCAUGACCAUGCUGUAUAAGUGUGAUUUUCAUGGUGCUCACAUUAAAGUGAUUAGUUCUAAAUGCUGUUCAUAUAUUAUGGUAGCAGGUGUUAUAGUCAUUGAAACAAAACAUACUUUUCAAAUCGUAGGAGUUGAUAACAAAUUAAAAAGUUUGUUUCGUAAAAAGGUAUUAUGACUGAUUAUAAAUUAAUUUUUUUUUUCAGCUAUACCAAAAGAACAGUGUAUUUUUGAAAUCGUACUAGAAGAAUAUUGCAUUCAUCUCUAUGGUAAACAUUUUGUAGUCAGAUCAAAAGAUCGGUCAAAAAAGAAAAUAAAGGAUAAUCUUAGAUUAGAACUUUGA